GGUCGCCCCAGCAACCGCGCCCAUUCCCGCCCGCCCCCCUCCGUCUCCCCACCGAAAAAUAGGUCCUUGCUCGCCAAUCGCCCGGAGUCUGCAAGCUGCGUGCCCACGAGAUUUGGUACCUGUUGGGACUGUCACCAUCAGAGAUGGCCACAGAGGCGUCAUCUUCGAAAGAUGCUGAUCUUUGGUAUUCUCAUCCGGCAUAUGCAAGAUACUGGCAGCAUUAUCAUCAAGCAAUGGCUUGGAUGCGAAGCCACCACCAUGCCUACAGGAAGGCCAUCGAAUCCUAUUUCAAAUCCUCGUGGUACUUCCCCCCUGCACCUCUUCCCUACAGCUAUUAUGCUAACCAGGGUAGAUAUCCUCAGUCCUUCUAUGACCGUCACUCGGCCUCCCAGGACCCCCAUUGCACCUACCCGCAUUCUCGAGGGUCUGGGCAGCAUCCACAUGACAGCCAUCAGGUCCAGGCAUCCACCAGAGAAGAGCAAGCUUCGUCAUCAGAGGAGGAGGUGGAGAGUGAGUCAGACGGGGAAGUCGAGUGUGACCUGAGCAACAUGGAGAUCACCGAGGAGCUGCGCCAGUACUUUGCAGAGACCGAGAGGCACAGAGAAGAGCGACGGCGGCAGCAGCAGCUGGACGCUGAGCGCCUGGACGACUAUGUGAAUGCCGACCACGACCUGUACUACAACACUCACCGGUCAGUGGAGCCCCCGUCUGAGAGGCCUGGCGAGAGGCGCCAGGCCGAGAUGAAGCUGCUGUACGGGGACGGCGCCGCCAAGAUCCAGGCCAUGGAGGCCGCCGUGCAGCUGAGCUUCAACAAGCACUGUGAUCUCAAGAGGCCCAAGUACUGGCCGGUCAUCCCCCUGAAGUUCUGAGUCCCUUCCACUUGGUAUACUGUCUUCAUCUCCCCUUCACUGUGCAUUCUCAGGGGAAGGGGUAUGGGGCUGAAAAGCAAACAUGUUCGCCAGAAUCCCAGCGUGCCCAUCCUGGGGGUGGGUGUCACGUCAGCCACGUGGAGGGGCGGCAGGACGCGUACUGUUGCCACCACGAGGUAUUCCCUUGCGCACUGUUGCCAUCGUGAAAUAUUCUCUCUUAACAGAAAAUGAUCAUUUCUUAUAUAUUAUGCUUUUUUUUAAUAUUGUCAUUAAUAGGGUAGGAUUCAUUAAAGUUCGCACUUGCAGAUGCUGCCUAGUUUUUUGCCUUUUGAUAUUUUCUUCUCUCUUUUACCCAGCUGAACUAUUCAGAUACCUUAAAUAAGCCAGGGGUCCUCUCUAACACCAGCUCCUUUCGAUCUCACAGAAAAUGAUUCAAGCAUGCAGUCAAGUAAGUAAAUAGCACUUCUCUGUAAUGCAGGGCUCGUACACUUGUUCUAUGAAGGGCCAGAGAGUGAAUAUCUUUGGCUUUGCAAGCCGUAUGUGUUGUGACUAUCAACUCUGUCCUUGCAGCAUGAUAGCAGCCAAAGAGGAUAUCUGAGCAAAUGAACAUGGCUGUAUUCCAAUAAAACUUUAUUUAUAAAAACAGGCCAUGGGCCAGAUCUGGCCUGCAGGUAUAGUUUGCCCAUCCCUGCUUUAAUGAAAUGAAAGUCACCCGUGUGGCAUUAUUAUUGUUGUCAUCUCCACAGAGCUUGAAUGUCAUACAGAAUUGAGAGCCAUGAGUAAUAAUUCCCAAGCCUGGUCACCUCUGUAGUCCGCUGUAGUGUAGAAAAUGCAUAAUUGAGUUCUUACUAUAUAUACCCACCCACUGCUGUCGAGUUGAUUCCGACUCAUAGUGACCCUAUAGGACAGAGUAGAACGGCCCCAUAGAGUUUCCAAAGAGUGGCUGAUGGAUUUGAACUGCCGACCUUUUGGUAAGCAGCCGAGCUCUUAACCACUUCACCACCAGGGCUCCUUACUAUAUAUAGCAGAUAUUUUUUGAUAGGGGAAGAUAUUUCAUUUCUGAGAGUAAAAAUCUAAGAAUUGGUGUAGCAGUCCAUUUAUGAAAACCAGCUGCCUUUUAAAAAAUAAGUUAUUACAGUGUGUUGCUAGGGUGCGCCCGCGUUGACCUGUCACGAUUAGCACAUCCAUCAAAGGCUGGGGAAAAGAUUCAGUAUUGAUGUGUUUCUCCCUCCAGACACUCAGCUUCAAGUUGCAGCCUUCGCCUGGAGACAAAUGCAUUUUUUGCGUCAGCUCCGGGUGCUUAUUUUUCCAAGCUCGUUUUAUUACUCGAGUUUCAAUUUGUGCUCAGGCAUUGCAGACAAAAUCCAGAAUGAACUUUCCCCUGAGGUGACACAUGACUAAAAUUUCAAAUCUUUAUUAUUUCUGUUUUUCAUCUUAAACUCAUAUGCCUAAAUAUGGAAUAAAUGUGACUCAGGUACAAAUGCAAACCACAGUCUGUAAUUGCAGCCGGUUUUUAGCCAUUCGAGAGUGAAAUGUUUCUCUUUGCAUAGCACUCUCAUACCUUCCCCCAAAGAAACCACCAACUGAUCCCACCCCUGCUGGCUUUGUCACGCUGACAAGUCCCUUUUGCCUCUCAGCGCUUCGCUUUCUUGCCUUGAAAUGGGGUAUUAAUCAUUCUUAUGGGCUCGUUGUGAGGACUACAUUGAGUUAAAAACCAGUUGCCAUCUAGUCAGUUCCGAUUCAUGGUGACUCCAUGUGUUUCAGAGUAGAGCUGUGCUCCAUAGGGUUUUCAAUGGCUGAUUUUUCAGAAGUGGGUCGCCAGGCCUUUGUUUUAAGGUACUUCUGGGUGGACUCCAACCUCUUGGUUAGCAGCUGAGCACGUUGACUGCUUCUGCCACCCAGGGAUUCCUACACUGAGUUAAUGCGUAGUGGGGGGCCACGUGGGAAGGAGUCAAUAAAUGAUGACUUCAUUUACUCCCUUUCUUUAAAAAAUGCCAGCAUGCCAAUGGAGGUCCCAGGUUGGCUUCUUGACACCUCAUUCCCACCCUUCCUUCUUCCCAGUUGCGUCUCAGAUGAUUUGUGACCAGAGGGACCCAUGACUUGUUCAUUUAUUCAGCAAAUAUUUGAGCCCUUUCCAUUCCAGGCUCUGGGGAUGGGAAGUUGCUAGACUGGAGUCUUCCCUGAAGGAACUUAGUUCUGGGAGGGGAGGCAGAUAGGUCUGCGAUGACAGUCAUUGUAACAAGUGCCCUGCUAGAGGAAAGAGACAUGAGGGCAGAGUUUUUCAGCACAGAGCCGUAUUGACAUUGACUUGUGGCCAGAUACUUCUUUGCUGGAGGGAGGGCGGGGUGCAUUCAGAGGACAUGUCCUGUGCAUUGUAGGGUGUUUUGCGGCAUCCUCACCUCUACCCACUAGAUGCCAGCAGCACUUCCCCACCUCUGUUGUAACAAACAAGGAUGUCUCCAGACGUUGCCAAAGGUCUGGGGGGUGGGAAGGGAUCACCCCCAAUCGAGACCACUGUACACAGGUGAGGAGAAGGAAGAAGGUCAGGGGCAGGGAAGGUCAGGGGCUAUCAAAUAGCUUCUCAUGUUUGGAGAACUACAAGUGGUUGGUGAGGCUGGGCAGAGAGUUCCUUUGGGUGCUGGCUAGAGAGAACACUAGAGCUGCGGUGCAGGUCAGAUCACAAAGGGUACCCAACAAAUGAGUUUGAGCUUUCUCCCAAAGAGCUACAAGGAGGCAGGGACCAUUCUGAUAGGUGCAGACUCCUCAGCUGAACUCACACGGGUGUUCUGAGAACCAUAAACAACGAGAAGCCAGCUCAAGGCUGGACUGCCAGACUGACCUCUUUCCCAGCUGCCAGCAAAUCUGUUUACCCAAGAAAUGUGAAAACAAGACCCACUGUUCCCAGUCUGCCUGUGGAUUGUUUUCUCUCCCCUUUCUCGUCUUAAUCCCAAUUUUGCUUUUGUUUGUUGACAGUAGUCUCUGGCUGUUCUCCUUCGUGGGUACGUGAGAAUACCUGAGCAGGCAGAGCUUAACUAAAAGUCUCUAGCUCUCCGGCUAGUGCUAGAAAAAUCUGUGGAUGUCUAAACUUACAGGGUCGGAUGCCCUUUCUCCAAAACACCACCCUGCCACAGAGGGACACAGAGAUUGGAGGAGCCAGGUGGAGAUGGGGACACCACGUGUAAGCUGCCUUAGUCUCUUUGUGCUGCUCUAAUACAAAUACCACAAGUGGGUAGCUUUUCAGAACAGAAAUUUACUUUAUCACAGUUCUGGAGGCUAAAAGUCCAAGUCAGGGUCUCAGCUGCGUUGAUUUUUUGUCGGUAUUCCCAGGCGUUACUUGAUUCCUUUGCUUUUAGGUGCUCCGCACAUGGCAUCUGUCUUCCGCUGUGUCUGCCCUGCUCAUUUUAUAACCCAGAAGUGAUGAAGUUGUUAACAUAGCAAACACACACAAACACACCCUAUUUCCAAACAGGAUUAUAUCUACAGGUAUAGGGGUCAGAAUCCAACAGAUACUUUGGUGGAAUGCAGUUCAACCUAUAACCCAUGACUAUUGCAGAAAAGAUGUUCCACCUCACUGGUAAUCGGAGAAUUAUAAAUUAAAACAUGAGUGAUAUUUCUUAUCUUUCAGAUUGACAAAGGUUUAAAAAGUGUGCAAACAGCAAGUGUGGGCCAGGAUGGAGAGAACAGGAACUCACACUGCAGUGGGUGUAUAGACCGACACACCGUGUUGGAGAGCAUAUUGGCAUUGCCUUGUCAAAUGAAAGCAUGCACACUUGACCCAGCAAUCCUACCCCCAGGUAUAUGCCCAAGAGACUCACCCUCCCACAUGAGCACAAGCAGGUGCACUUCAGAAUGAUCACUGCCACAUUUGUAGUAGCAAACAAUCAGAAACAACAUAAGUGCCCAUCUACAGAACAUGGGCUAGUAGACUGUAGAAAACCCACACAAUGGCAUACUUUAUGAGCCCUUAAGAGAACUGAGCUAGACUCCCCAUAUGAACCUACCCAUCUGUCAGUUUGUCGUACUGUGGUGGCUUGCAUGUUGCUAUGAUAUAGGUAGUUACGCCACCAGUAUUUCAAAUACCAGCAAGGUCACCCAUGGUGGAUAAGUCUUGGCAGAGCUUCCAGACUAAGACUAGGAAGAAUGCCCUGGUGAUCUACUUCUGAAAAUCAGCCAAUGAAGACCCUGUGAAUCACAACAGAACAUUGUUGAUGUAGUGCUGGAAGAUGAGCCCCCUAGGUUGGAAGGCACUCAGAAUACACAGUGGGUGCAACAAAGGACUCGAGCAUACCAACAAUCGUGAAGGUGGCCCAGGACCCAGCAAUGUUUUUUUUCAUUGUACAUGGGGUCACCAUGAGUUGGAACCAACUCAACGACAACUAACAAAAACAAUAACAGCCUAUAUGAAAAUUGUAGUAUCUAGUAAAAAAUAAAAAAAGGUAGAUUAGGUACAGUAUGAUAGCAUUUAUAGAAAGCUUUCGAAAAUACAUACUCAUGGACGCACACACAUGUAUAUACUAAAAUCUAGAAACAUUUCAUGGAAAUGAUUCACACCAAGUUCAGAAUAGUGUUUACCUCUGAGUAAGGAGAGAGUUGGUGCACUAUCCCAAGGGGCUUUUACUGGCUAAUGUUUCAUUUCUUUAUAUCAGGAAGGCUGUAGUAGAAACCCAGUGGAAGAUGAUGGAGACCCAAAAUACAUCAACCCCUAUACUGACGCAAAGUGGUUCAUCUUUUACUUCAUUUCUAGGGUUAAACAUUACAUGGAACAUUAUCAAAUAUUUAUAUAGAGCUUACUGAUGGACCACACAAUGCUCUAAUUGAGUUACAGAUAACAAUUCUUAAACACCUAUGACAAACCUAUGAGGCAGCUAUUACAGGUCAAACUGUUUGCCAAAACCCUUAGGUCAAGUGCAUUUCAGAAUUCAGACAUUGUACAUUUCAAAAGUAAAAUAACAUACUGCAGAACUCGUCCCAAUGGGCUGGGGUAGCAGCCUGUCAUCGAAGACAUGCAGUGAAAUGGAAGAAUAUUCUAAGUGGGAUAAAUAAACACCAUAAACCCAACCAAACCUACUGCCAUCAAGUCGAUUCCAACUCAUAGCAACCCUAUAGGACGGAGUAGAACUGCCCCAUAGGGUUUCCAAGGCUGGAAUCUUUCAGAAGCUGACUGCCACAGCUUUCUCCCUUGGCGCUGCUGAGGAGUUCGAACUGCCAACCUUUUGAUUAGCAGCGUUCCAUUCAAGUCAGGUCUCAUCACCAAAUCAUUAAGGUCAAGCUCAGUUUUACUGCCAAAAAAAUUAUGAAAAAACUAGCUUUCAGAGCUUUUGAGAUUUCAGACGUGUGAUGAAGGGAUAUUAUUAUUCACAUUUUACAGAUGAAGAAAGUGAAGCACAGAGAAAUCAAUCACCCAGGUUCGCUUCAUGAAGCCUGAUAUUCUAACUCCAAAACUCCCUGCUUCCACCUGCUUCACUACGCAGAGCACAGGGAAGAAUCUGGAGCUGAUGACCACCCUCAGCCAGAUCCUAGUGCACCCCAUGCUGGAGCAAAGGUAGAUUCUCGUCCUAGCUCUGCUGGAUCCUAUUCUGAGGCUCCAGUGUGACUCUGGAUAACCCUUCUGCACCCUUCCUCUGCAUUUUAAAACGAGGCUGUGGCAGGGAUAAGAAGAAGGGACACGUUCCAGAGAUACUGAGGACGUAAGACAUUCUGUGGUUUGAUGAUUUGGGCAGGUGAAGAAAUAGUCUAGGAUGGCUCGGGUUUCUUUCUUGGAUGGCGAUUCUAUUCAAUGAGGUCGAGAAAACAAAGAAACGGGUUUGGGAAGGAUAAUUAAUUCCAUUUGGGACACAAUGAGUUUGAAGAGCUCACAGGACAUCCAAUUAGGUACCCAUCCUGUAAGUUGCUGGGUAUGUGGCUUUGGAACUCAGUGGAGGGGGUCUGCAUUAAAAAUACAGGGUUUUGAGUCCUCAACCUUAUGAAGCUUGAAAAGGGGAUGGUAUAGAGACUAAGAGAAAUAGACCAGUGACAAUGAAGCCCUGAAGAACAAUGCCUUUAAAACAAAGAUGAAGAUCCCAUGAGAGCAACGGAGAAAGAAUGGCAAAGACAAACAAAGAGGACGAAAAUCAGGAAGUAGAAAUGUCUCAAAAAAAAAAAAAGGUAAAAAAAAAAUCACAUGUAGGACAAUCAGAUAAUAUGGCUCCCCACCUCGAUGCAAAGAUGUCCUGGUGGAGCAGUGGUUAAGCACCCAACUACUAACUGAAAGGUUGGAAGUUCAAACCCAUCUAGUGGCUCCACGGGAGAAAGACCUGGUGCUCUGGUUCCAUAAAGAUUACGUCCUUGGAAACCCUAUGAGACAGUUCCACUCUGUCACAUGGGGCCACUAUGAGUCACAAUCAACUCAACGGCACACAACAACAACUGCGAUGCAUUUGAGAGUUGUCAGGGCCACCAGAGAAACAGAAUCUAAUCAAUAUUUGUUAAGGAUUGAAUUGUGUCCCCAAAAAAUAUGUGUUGAACUUUAACCCUUAUACCUGUGGAUGUAAUCCCAUUUGGGAAUAGGGUUUUCUUUGUUAAUGAGGCCACAUCAGUGUAGGGUGUGUCCUAAACCUAAUCACUUCUGAGUUAUAAGGAGCAGUAUAGACACUGAGACAAGCAAACAAAGGAGGGGUGAAGAUAGAUGUCACGUGAGGAUCGCUAAAGAACCCAGAACCAAGGCUACAGAAGCUGAAGGAAACAAGGACCUUCCCCCAGACCCAACAGAGAGAGAGCCUUCCCCUAGAGCCAGUGCCCUGAAUUCGAACUUCUAGCCUCCUGAACUGUGAGUAACUAAAUAUCUGUUCUUUAAAGCCACCUACUUAUAUUUCUGUUAUACCAGCACUAGAACACUAAGACAAUAUCCUAGAUCUAAUUACCAAUUUCUGGGACGUUCAGGGGGUAGACUAACAUGCCGAAAGAUACUAGGAAGAUACAAUCAACCAAAUCCAGAAUUUGGGAAAUUCUAAAGGGCAGAUGACCCAGUUUCUUCAACAAAUGGGUUUUUAAAAAAUGUGUAUCGGGCUGGGGGAUGGUGGCAGGGAGGCUGUUAUAAGAUGUAAUGUGUGGACCUUGUGUGGAUUCUAAUUUCAACAAAUUAACUACUUAAAAAACACGUUUUUGAGAUAAUUGGAGAAAUCUGGACAUGGACUAAGUGUUAGAGGAUGAUAAGAAAUUAUUAAUUUUGUUAGAUGUAAUUGUUACGUUUUUGUAAAUUUUUUGGCUGUGAUAAACUAUAUAACAAAAUAUUUGCCAUUUCAACCAUUUUUAUGUGUACGAUCCAAUGACAUUAAUUACAUUCCCCAUGUGCAGCUGUCACCACUACAGUGAUCAUAUUUUUUAUCUUAAAGAUACUGAAAAUGUACAAUUGAACUGAUACGAUGUCUGGAAUUUGCUUUAAAGUACUCCAGGGGCAGGGCAUGGGGGCAGUGGCAGUUGAAACAAGAUUGGCAACCAUGUUGACAAUUGUGGAAGCUGGGCAAUGGCUUCAUGGAUGCUCAUUAGGCGCUUCUCUCCAGUUUUGGUUAAGUUUGAUAAUCCCAUCAUAAUUUUUUUAAUGAAAUAGAAUUUAAAGGAAAGAGGUUAACAAUAUUAAAUGUCAUAGAAAAUCAUUGGUUCUAAGUUUUCUCUUUUCCAAGUUAAAUAUCCCAAACUUCUUUCUUUCUUUUUUUUUAUUCUGAAAAUAUUCACACCAAAACGUUCACUGGCACAACUUCCACAUUUACAAUUCCGUGAUACUGAAUACAUUUUUCAUGUUGUGCCACCAUUAUCGCUAUCCUUUUCGAAAAUAUUCCACCAAAUUUCUUUAACUGUUUCCCUUUUAUAUGAUUCACAGAUUCUCCUGUGUUAUCGUGCCCCUCUGGGCACACCACAUAUGAUACCUCGUUUAGUUCCCCCAGAACAGGACUGAGAGGUCCGUUUCUCAUUUUCCAAAUACAGAAGUGAACUUUAGUUUCAGUAACUUGCCCAAAGACAUAAAGCUAGGAAAUGAAAAGGGUGAAGAUUUGAACCCAGGCUUCAAAUCUUCCCAAGCUCUUGGCCUCUAUGCUAGAC